AUAAUUACAAAACUGUGGUCUGCAAAUAGGACAAUCUGUGAAUCACCACAUCGUCAUCCUCAUCAUCACUGCGGGAUCUCGAAGCAGAGUAGCAAGGGCGGUUUUUGUUUUGCCGAUCUAUCGUCUCCUUCGUAGUUGGUGGGUUGAAUUUUUCCGGCAAAGAUGAACGACGCGGAUGUCUCCAAGCAGAUCCAGCAGAUGGUGAGGUUCAUCCGCCAGGAAGCGGAAGAGAAAUCCAACGAGAUCUCCAUCUCCGCCGAAGAAGAAUUCAACAUCGAGAAGUUGCAGCUGGUUGAGGCGGAGAAGAAGAAGAUCAGACAGGAGUAUGAGAAGAAGGAGAAGCAAGUGGAGGUCCGAAAGAAGAUUGAGUAUUCCAUGCAGCUGAAUGCAUCAAGGAUCAAAGUUCUACAAGCCCAAGAUGACAUUGUCAAUCAAAUGAAAGAGGAAGCGGCAAAGGAACUUCUGAAAGUUAGCCAUCACAACUUCUUCGGUCAUCACCACCAUGCGUAUAAAAACCUUUUGAAAGAUCUCAUUGUUCAGUGUUUGCUUAGACUGAAAGAACCUUCAGUAUUACUGCGUUGUCGUGAAGAAGAUCUGGAAAUGGUGGAAUCCGUACUGGAUGAUGCAAGAGAUGAGUACGCUGAGAAAGCAAAGGUUCACACCCCCGAGAUCUUAGUUGACAAGGAUGUCUUCCUCCCAGCUGCUCCUUCUGGAGAUGAUCACAUUGGUCCUCACUGUUCGGGAGGAGUGGUGCUGGCAUCACGCGAUGGGAAGAUAGUGUGUGAGAACACACUUGAUGCAAGGCUUGAGGUUGCAUUCCGCAAGCAGCUUCCUGAGAUCCGGAAGUGGCUGUUUGGAAAGGUUGGUGCCUGAAGCACUCUUCCCUCCCGACAAAAGGCACAUAGAGGUUUGGUUUGGUGUCCCAUUUAUGUGUGUGUGUGGUAAGUGGUUUUGAUUAUCUUAUGGCUUGGGUGAGAUUCCAUUCGUCUGUUGUAUUGUAUUCUGGUUUGAGUGCACUCUUUUUUUCCCCCUGAAGACGAAAAUGAAAUGACGGAAUGAAUGAAUAAACAAAGUGCCUGUUUUUCAGAUUUCUGUUAACCAA